GACAUCUUCAGAAGAUCUUGUCUCAGCAUCAUCCCCCAGAAUAUUCUGCGGAUUUCUAUGCUGCAUAUAUCAAUAUUCUGCUUGGUGUCUUCUACAUGGUUUGUAGGGACCUGAGAGAACUUCGGCAUCUGGCAGCACUCAAUUUUUCUAAAUACUGUGAACCAGUAGUCAGAGGAGAAGCAAAUGAACGUGACACCCGCAAGCUCUGGAAGAACAUUGAGCCUCAUUUGAAGAAGGCAAUGCAGACUGUUUAUCUCCGGGAAAUAUCCAGCUCACAGUGGGAGCGCAUGCAGCAUGAUGAUGCAGAAGCUGGGCAGUUGAAAGGACUUUCUGCACAUACACAUAUGGAACUUCCCUAUUACUCCAAAUUUCUUCUAAUAGCUGCUUACCUUGCCUCCUACAAUCCUGUUAGGACAGAUAAGAGGUUCUUUCUUAAGCAUCAUGGAAAGAUUAGAAAGACCAACUUUAUGAAGAGACAUGAGAAGACAAGCAAUCACCUCCUUGGGCCAAAGCCAUUUCCCCUGGACAGAUUGUUAGCAAUAUUAUACAGUAUUGUGGACAACAGAGUUACUCCAACUGCAAAUAUAUUUUCCCAGAUCACCUCUCUUGUGACACUACAGCUGUUAUCUGUGGUUGGCCAGAACGACCAGCUUGAUGGACCACGAUACAAAUGUACUGUAUCUCUGGACUUCAUCAGAGCUGUUGCCCGGACCGUGAACUUCGACAUAAUAAAGUACUUGUACGAUUUCUUGUGAAAACAAGCUUCACAGCCAUAUGGACACUGUGACAAUGACUAAGGCAAGCUGUGUUCAUCUCUCUACUUAGCUGGCCAGAAAGAAGAGUAUUUUGGCUCUUUUGGAUUUGUCCAAACAGGUGCUGGCCCAGCAUGGAACCUGAUGAAAAUACUCUGAUUGGUCUGGGUGGAUCUGAGCAGAGGACUAUUUACCAGGGACCCUGGAGUAUUUGGAAGCAAUGUGUUAAUUAUAAACAGCAGGGUUUGAGCACAAUCUGUUCUACUCUUAAUGAUGUUAUCUUAACACUGAAAUUGCCUGAAACCCAUUUACUUAGGACUGCAUUUUGCUCUAUGAACUCUCCCCAGUGCUUUGAACAUGGCAGCAGCCGUUGUUUGUAUGCCCAGUCUUUUCACUUCCUCUCCACAGGAAUCUUUGCAAUUGCCUGCCAAAGCAGCUUUUCCUGAGGCCACCAUUUUAGGAGAGUGGAGCAGCAAAGUAUAAUAAACAUAAGAACAUAUUCAAAAAUCAAGCUGGUACAAAUUCUUCCUUCUCUUCAGUACUAUGUAGGCAGACUGUUACACUGUUACAUGGAGAUCAUGAUGAUAGGAAACUCCCAGUUAAUCACCAUACUGUCUUUUUUUUCAGACCAUUCAUAAAUGUUGACUAUGAAUCUUACUUUUACAAAGCUCUGUUUAAAAAAAAAACAACAAACCAUUUAUUCUUAAAGUUCUAUCCCGACAUCAAACUUGGAAUGUUUUAUUUUUGCUUCUACAUUUUAUAGUCCCUUUAUGCUCAUCCAGUUAUAUUAAAUGCUAAUUAUAGUGCUGGUUGGAGUGAAUGUACU